CGACGGAGACACAGGGGCAUUAGUGUACGCAGACUGCCGUGUUAAAUACUUAAACUGACUUUGGUGAUUUCAGUGUGAGCUGUAGCCUAUCACUAUGGGAAUACACGGACUUGCCAAGCUGAUUGCUGACCAGGCGCCUGGUGCUAUAAAAGAACAAGACAUCAAGAACUACUUCGGAAGGAAAAUUGCUAUAGAUGCCUCUAUGUGCAUCUACCAGUUCCUGAUUGCAGUGCGACAGGAUGGCAACGUGCUGCAGAAUGAGGAUGGAGAGACGACAAGCCACCUGAUGGGAAUGUUCUACCGGACAAUCCGCAUGCUGGAGCACGGCAUCAAACCUGUGUAUGUGUUUGAUGGCAAACCCCCACAGAUGAAGUCAGGAGAGCUGGAGAAGAGAGUGGAGAGACGGGCGGAAGCUGAGAAGUUGCUUGCACAAGCCCAGGAACUGGGUGAACAAGAGAACAUUGACAAAUUCUCCAAGCGUCUGGUAAAAGUCACUAGGCAGCAUAAUGAUGAGUGCAAGAAGCUGCUGACCUUGAUGGGAGUCCCUUACAUCGAGGCUCCAUGUGAGGCUGAGGCCAGCUGUGCCGCUCUAGUGAAAGCAGGCAAGGUCUUUGCCACAGCAACAGAGGAUAUGGACGGGUUGACCUUUGGGACGAACGUCCUGCUCAGACACCUCACUGCCAGCGAAGCAAAGAAACUUCCUAUUCAAGAAUUCCACCUUAGUCGCGUCAUGCAGGAAAUUGGCCUGACAAAUGAACAGUUCAUAGACCUGUGUAUCCUGCUGGGCUGUGACUACUGUGGCACCAUCAAGGGAAUCGGCCCCAAGAGAGCCAUUGACCUGAUCAGACAGCACGGCUGCAUCGAGGAAAUCCUAGAAAACAUUGACUCUAAUAAGCACCCUGCUCCAGAGGACUGGUUGUACAAGGAGGCCAGGGGCUUGUUUUUGACUCCCGAGGUGGUGGAUUGUUCCACAGUGGAGCUGAAGUGGAAUGAACCGGAUGAUGAGGGACUGAUCCAGUUCAUGUGCACUGAGAAACAAUUCAGUGAGGACAGAAUCCGUAAUGGUUGUAAGAAGAUCUUAAAGAGCCGGCAGGGCAGCACACAGGGACGACUGGACUCUUUCUUCACUGUCACAGGAUCUCUUUCCUCCAAACGGAAGGAGCCUGAAAUUAAAGGAUCAGCUAAGAAGAAGCAGAAGACUGGAGCUACGCCUGGCAAAUUUAGAAAGGGCAAAUAGACUGAACAAAGUGCUCUUUUUAUUCCUAUGGGAAGUAAUUAUCAAGACAAAUGAAAACCUAUUACAUAGAGUUUAA